AUGGUUAGAAAUGAGGGCGGCGGCACCGAUUUCGUUGCCAGCAAGACUGCUGGUCUUCCACUAGGCGACGAUCUUCACGUCCUACGUGGCGGUGAAUUCAGAGGCAGACACGCUAGGAAGGGACAAGGUGGCGAAACAGGGAUCUACAUGAUUGACCAGAUCAUAAUUGUUAGGAAGACGCAGAAGAUGAUGGUUCCCAUUAUGAACUUACCAAUUGACCCAAUCAGGGUUGUCUUCUCGGCAGAAGAAGCAGCUCUCAUAAUUAGUCUUGAUUAUUCGGGAAAAAAGAAGAAGUCUUGA